CGUUGUCGCGCAGUUGGUUCUCGGUUACCUCGCUUAUCGUACAUUACACAUGUGCGAUUGAUUUAUUUUUAAAUUAUAUUCGAGAGUGAUUACCGAUUAAGGUGUUCAGUGCCCAUCCCUAGUGUGUGAACGUGUUUAUUAUAAUUUUUUUUAUUUUGUGUUGAUUAUACUGUGUUCUAUUUUUAAUUUUUAAAUUUUAAUAUGUGGUUGUGAUUGUAGUGAAUACUUACAGUAUCAUUAAAUUGCAAAGGGCGUAUAAGUGUUUUAGUUCUGCAAUAGUAGGCGUGAAUAGUUUUGGCGCGUUUUUUUGGCAACCGUUACAGACAGAACACAUAAUAGAGAAAUGCGCAUGUCCUCCAAGAAGCGACGGUCACCGUCGCUGACCAUAAGAUGCGUUCGCUUCUAGCGUACUACGCUGAAGCUGUUAUGUCGGCGGCGGCACGCGGCGCCGGCUGUGCGCUCAGCUGCAGUGGGCGCGGCGACUGCAUGAACGGGACCUGCCUGUGCGAGAUACGCUAUGCGGGGGACGAGUGCGCCGCCCCUAACAUGCCGUACCAUGCGUGUAUCGGCGGCGUGUUCCUGCUCGUUGCCUUUAUAUGUGCCGUGCAACUCACGAUAUGCAUCGUGACCGAGUACAGAAGGCUGAAGGCGCCAACCUUCCUGCGAGCUUGCAAAGUGACGACGCAGAAGAUGCUGUACCUGGUCGCGUUUCUGGCGUCCCUCAUUCGUGGCGCUUACUUCGUAUCGCCGUCAGCGUUCCAAGAGGGAUGGGCGACCAGUCUACUGUCAGCUUACUACCCGUUGCUUAUGUCGGGCUCAUCAUUGAUCGUCUGUUUCUGGGCAGAGGUAUUCCACCUCCGCGACAUCCGUUGGGAGCGGCCGAGGUUCCUCUCCAAGUCGUUCCUUGCCUUCGUGACGUUCAAUGUGAUCAGCUAUUCGCUUCUUGCUGCCGAAGUGUUGACCACCAACGUAGCUGACACCUCCGCCGAGAAAAAGAACUUUUACCAACACGUUUUCAACGGUUGCUACGCUGUGCUGCUCUUCAUUGUCGUGAUCUUCUUCCUCAUCUAUGGAGUGGAAGUUUAUUUCAAGCUCCGAGGUGAAUUCCUGAAGGAGACGAAGGUGUGCACGAUAAUAUCCCCGCGGCCCGGUCCGUCCACCGCCGCCGAGGGUGAUGAGGCGCAGGACACUCUGGUUACCAAACAGGGCAUCCAGACGGACCUGACCGACGGCGAUGGGACCAUCGACCCCCGCUCCGUGAACCACUCGCAACUCCACCAGUCCAGGUUUGGUCUGAUCAGUCAGGCGCUGAUGCUGAUAUUAAUCGUUGGCUUCCUCGCAUCGGAGACACUCAGCGAGUUCUGGAAGACCAAAGUGCCGGUGGUAUCGCGCAAUUGGCACGACUUGGUGUUCAGGCUCGCGGAGAUCGGCGUUGCGCUAUGGUUCCCCUGCGUGCUGUGGAACUCGAUGGCGCCGGAACGGCUCUGGUUGCUGAACCCGCGCCGGCUGCUCGCGCGGCAGCUCGACGACGCCAAGCUAGCAGACUUGCUCGCGCACCGACACGACGCCAAGAGUCUGGCCGAAUUCUGGCGAGAUAGAUGGCCGCAAAAAGCGUUGUAUAUAGUCGGAGUGGUUCAUUACUGGCAGUUGUUUGUAUGGCGGCUCGUUGUCACUAUACUGAGGCCGCCAGCCAGAGUAAGGGACGUGGAUUACGAUCGGGGCUUACCUUCCGGCUUGAGAGAUUCCAGCGUGAAUGUGGAAACGGACUCGUUGGUGGGCAGCGUAGGGUCGGCUCGCGAUUGCUGGAUCUGCUACGACAGCUCCAAGCUAGAGCCACUCAUCAGGCCAUGCCGGUGCACCGGUGAUGUCUCCGCAGUCCACCAUGAGUGUCUGCGCAGGUGGCUCGUCGAGAGUGCAGCCAACCAAGACGGACUGAAGUGUAAAGUGUGCAAUACACCCUACAUUGUUCAGGAAACGAAUAGGGUGGAGUGGGAGCGCGGGUUCACGUGCGUGCACUGGGUGCGCACGGCGUUCGCGGUGGCGUGCAUGUGCGGCGCGGGCGCGGCGGCCUGGGUCGCCGUGCAGCUGUUCGCCUCGCCCGUCGUGCGCGUGCUCGCCGCCGGCGCCGCGCUGCUCGUCUGCUACGUCGCCGUCAGAUUCCUCGGAAUGAACACGGUGACAGCAUACCAGCGAGCCAAGGUGUCCUCCCUCCAGAUACUGACGGAGCCCCUGUCAGAGAGCCCAGAAGCCGACCAAACACAACUGUCGACGAUAAGCAAAACCGUCACCGUCGAGAUCGCGUCCAAAACGGUCCUCGAACGCGCUCUCAAAGGCGAAGUUAAUAAAUAACUAUUAACGUUAUAACGAAACGCAAGCCGUUAUAGCGGUGCAACGUAAUCGGAUAACGAAAUAACGUGUUGUUAUAACGAAACAACGUUAAAUGUGAUUAUUGCUAAAAUAACAGUUAACUGUUUUCGUUAAUAACAGUGUUCACAGUGCGGUUUCUGAUUUUAGUACAAAGACAAUGAACUGCAAUAAUGGUUUGUGUUGUGAUUAUUUAUUAAUAGUUCUAUCAGAUAGAAUUUCUUCUUUGUAAAAGACAAUUUUAAGUGUUGAGUUGACGCUACGUUAGUACUGUGAAGUUUUGGACGUAUGUGCUUCGUAUUGGAAAAUCGAAGAUCAAUGUUGAAGUAAGAAUGCCAAAUUCGUAUUAAUUAUUAAUAUUAUUAUAAUAAAUAGUCGUUAUUACAUUAUAUGUAAAAUACUCGAAAGUAAAUCUUAUUGUGUAACAAAUAGAGUUUACAAUUUAAAAGUAUACAAUAAUAAUAAUUAUUAUAUUCCGUAAUACUGAAGUGUGACAACGUGAGAAGUAUUGCUCCUUCAAAGCAUAUAUGGGGAAUUUCAAAGAAGUUUUAUAACCAAUUAGGGUAAUUUGUAAUUAACUAAAAUUAAUGAAAAGGUAACUAAAUAUUUGUUGGGAUUAUCACUGAAACAAUGAAAUUGGUCAAAAGUCGAAAUAUCAGUCAUGUUACUCGCUGAUAAUGUAUUGAGUAAAAUAAUUUUUAAAAUGAUAUUUUUGAGUUUAUGAUAUAAUAAAAAUCUUUAAAAUCAUAUUUUACAAAUAAAAAGUCAACUCUUUCCUUUUUUAUAGUAUUUGGAUUAUAAAAAAAGGUUUUAAAUAAGCAUGUAGCUCGUUUAAUACAGUAACCAUAGUCAGGGGUGCUGGCUUUUAGAAAACUUCACGGGUCUUUUGUUAACUAGGUACAUAAUUAUUACUGCAUCAGCUGAAAGACACUUUUUGUUGGACAAACAAUUUAAACGACAGAUAAUGAGAUGAGGAUUAUUUUAAUUAUAUUAAGAUGUCUAGCCUAAUGGGUGCUCCGGACCCGCUAUUUACCUCUUAUGGAUGCUGGAGCCCCCGAGUACCCAUAAGGUUGACGACUAUGUGUAGUCCAAAACCUCUUGCAAUAGAAAGAAAACAGUAAUUUUACUGCUUUUGGUUUGAAACUUCUUGGAAUUUCUUAAUGUUUAAAUUUAAUUCUAAAUUGGUAGUGAAGAGAUAUAUUAUUAGAAAUUAAAUUCUCAUAAUAAUGUUCAUACUUUACGAAGAUAUAUUUAUAUAUAUUAUGUAUAGCAUUAUCCAAUAUUGUAUACAAUUAUCCAUCAAUAAUCUGUUUUUCUAUAGAAAACAAUAUUAGUUUCUCUUUAUAAUAAAUUCAGUAAUAAAAAAACAAAAGAAAACGCCAUAAUAUCUGAUAAUACGGAAACCUUUUUGUUUUACCUAUAUGUUUAUUUUAUGGAUUAAAAAUUCGAUGAAAGGAUAUAACAAAAUUAUUUAGUAUAUAUAAAAAAAAUAAAUUAUAUAUAGAAACACAUAGAGGCUGUUAAUUAAUAUAUUUUUUUUAUUAUUUCUUUCAUUCAAUAAUUUGAUGUGGUUUUACAGAGUUCUUAUGGAAUAUUGUAAGUGCCAAAGACUUGUUUCGUAUGUUAAUACGUAUUAAUCUUGGAUUAUAUAGAUAGAGUAUCACACCCAAAUGCUUCACCAAAAACAGGUCAUUUUUUUAUCUUUGUGUGCGUGAAUCGAGUUACCAUAAUGUACAUUUACUACUAAAUGUAUGGGAGAAAUAAUCAUAAAUUGAAGAUCAAAAAAAAAAAAAAAAAAAAUUAAUGAAUAUAUUUCAAAAAGAAAUAUUUUGCUGAAUACUUUGUUUUACAUCUGAGUGUAGACAUAAAAUAUAUUUUUGUUAAAAUUCCCUCCUAUUUUUAAGCAACAUAUUUAUAUCAGAAAAAAUUGUUCCAAAUUCAAAUAAAAAAAAUGCAUUGUUUGAAUUAAAAAAAAAAUAGUCUGUCAAAUGUCAAAUUAACUGACUAAAUUUUGACACGUUUUUGAUAUGCUAUGCUCUAUCCUAUAUAAUCUAAGGUAUUAAUUACCUGAUAAAGACAGUGUGGUUUAACAUGUGACACUUGGAAUUGUUAUAUUUUCAUUGCUAAAGUUUUUAUUAUUUUUUUUUCUGCAUUUGCUUGUAUUUCUUCUAAUAAAACUGUCCUAACAAAAUAUGCUAUCGUAACAAAAAAUAUUGCAAGUUUAAUUCAAUAACUGUAAACAUUAUGCCUUUUUGCUUUGCAUAUCAUAUCUGCUCUUAUCAAAUUGUACGGAAUGAAAUUUCCAAGUGAUUGGAUGGUUCUGUUCUCGUUUUAAACAAUAACUAUUUUUCUUUAAGUAUUUUACGAUCCAAACACAUUUGGAAACUUCAUGUAUCCAUAAGUGUUGUGAGAAUGAUGUAUUUUUAUAUAUUGUAUGCCAAAAUAGUUCAAAGUAGUGUAGAUAUAAAGUUUAAAUUCUCGUACCGUACUAUUUAUCAUUCCUAAAGAAUAUAUCUGGACGUAAACAAUUUGUGUAGAUAGAUUUAGAUAUGUGAAACGUAAAUCGAUAUAGGUAUUUUAAAAAGUAAAUUCUAAUAGUAUUAAAUAUUUUCACAAAAUUGUGAUAGUUUGCUUAAACUCUUAAUUAAUAGUGUGUUUUCAAUUCAAUGCUUAUCAUCAUAUUUGAAUAUCAUAUUUUAAAAUUGGAAUUCAAAAAAUACUGGUCAUAAUAAAUGAAAAUAAAAAAAAAUAUAAGAACUACUGUAAUUGUCUAUGCAUUAAGAUAAAAUAGGCGCAAGGUAUAAGAAAGUUUUUGAAUUUCAUCUUUUCCAUUCUAUAUAUAUUACUAUUAACUUAUGUAGAAGACCAUAUGAGUAUACUAAUCUUAUAAUCUAGUAUAUAAUCUUGCCAUAUUAAAAAUUGUAAAAUCCAGCCAAAAUUCUAUUUAAAUUUCUGUCAAUUAAAAUCUAGUAAUUUGCAUCAGAUAAUGAAUAUUUUGCUAUUCUAUUGUAUAAAUACAUUGUUGCAUAGAUUGUAGUAGAACGUAGUAUGCUAGAAAAAAAAGUUUUUAAUAUACUGAUAAAGAUUAACAAUAAGUCUAUGGUUUUUUCAAUCAUAAUGCCAAAAAUGAUUUAAAAGUUAGUUAUGAUACAACUAGUGUUUUUUGGCAAUUUAUUUGUAAAAUACAACUCUAACACUGUCAAUGUCUAAUAAACCUGUUUGAGCUAUUGAAAUAUUUCGUCUAUUUCUAUUAAAAUGAUAUCUUUAUCUGUAAGAAAGAGACAAAAUACAAUUUUUGAAAUUAGGUUUAUUAUAUGUUUAAGGUUCUUACGAAUAACACGAUAGAAUAUGGAAAAUAUACUGUUCUCUAGUGAUACUUUGUAAUUAUAUUAUUAUUAUUAUAUAUCAUAUUAUUUUUUAAUAGUCGCUAUAUUAUUAUAAUUCGUAAACAAUGGAAGAAAAUAAUAAAUUUAUCGAUUGAAAUAUACAUAACUAUUCUAUUUUGCAUUUUAAAAGUUUACUUUUGACAUAUUUCAAAUUAACUCUUAAAAACCAUAGACAAUUAAGCCUGCGCAGUAAACACUUUUAUGAUUAUGUAUGAAAUUGUUAUUGCGCAGGUCACGUGGUAAAAACUGUGUUCAAAUUGUUUGUUGGUAUCUAUGUGAUAAAAAAAAAGGUAUUUAAAUGACAUAGGUACAUUUCAUUUGUUAUUUAUUUUAACACGUAAAACACAUUUUGCUUUUGGCUGCCACCGAUUAUAAAAUUUAUUAUUUUGGUCUCUUAAUUAAAUAAAUGCUGUUACUUAUUUAAUUUAAUAUUUUUUUUAAGUGAAAAACCACAUUAAAAUUCUUUGUAAAUAUUGUUAUUACGUUGUGACUUUCCAGUUUCUGUAUUUAUUUGGAGGGCCGUGACUGUCGCUGGAAAAUAAAACAUGCGUCAAAAUUA